AUGGAGGCUGGAGGAGAGCUAAAACAAAGGCAAGUCCUAAUUCUCUUUCUUUUACUGGUAGUGGUUCAGGCAGGCGGGGAACUCCGUCGCUAUUUUGUAAUGGAGGAAAUUGAGAGGGGAUCUUUUGUGGCAGACCUGGCCAAGGACCUAGAAUUGGGAGUGGGGGAGCUAGCUGCACGGGGCGCCAGGGUGACUUCUGACCAUAAGGAGCCACCUUUGCAGCUUGAUCUGCAGACCGGGAAAUUGAUAUUAAUUGAGAAACUGGACCGGGAGGAGCUGUGCGGCCCCACUGAGCCCUGUGUAAUGCCUUUCCAAGUAUUAAUGAAAAAGCCAUUGGAAGUAUUUCGGGCUGAGCUACUAGUGGGAGACAUAAACGAUCAUUCUCCUGCGUUUCCUGAAAGAGAAAUGACUCUGAAAAUCCUAGAGACCAGCCCGCCUGGUACAGUGUUUCCUCUGAAAAAAGCCCAGGACUUGGAUGUGGGCAACAACAACGUUCAAAACUACAAUAUUGGUCCCAACUCUCAUUUCCAUGUUUCCACCCAAAGCCGGGGAGAUGGCAGGAAAUACCCAGAAUUGGUGCUGGACAAAGAGCUGGAUCGCGAGGAGCAGGCUGAGUUCAGAUUAACACUGACAGCGCUGGAUGGCGGCUCUUCACCCAGAUCUGGCACUGCCCAGAUCAAUGUCUUGGUCUUAGAUGUCAAUGACAAUGCCCCUGAGUUUGCGCAGGAGCUCUACGAGGUGCAGAUCCCAGAGAACAGCCCUUUAGGCUCUCUAGUUGUCAAGGUCUCUGCUAGGGAUUUAGAUACUGGGACAAAUGCAGAAAUAUCAUACUCCCUUUUCUAUAGUUCUCAGGAGACAGGCAAAACUUUUGAGCUAAGCAGCCUUUCAGGAGAAGUUCGCCUAAUUAAAACACUAGAUUUCGAGACAAGAGCCUCAUAUGAAAUAGAUAUAGAGGCAUCUGAUGGCGGGGGACUUUCUGGAAAAUGCUCUGUCUCUAUUAAGGUUGUGGAUGUUAAUGAUAAUUACCCAGAACUAACCAUUUCAUCACUUACCAGCCCUAUUCCUGAAAAUUCCCCUGAUACAGAAGUAGCUCUUUUUAGGACCCGGGACCGAGACUCUGGGGAAAAUGGGAGGAUAUUUUGCUCCCUCCAGGAUGAUAUUCCAUUCACAUUGAAACCCUCCAUUGAGAACUUCUACAGGCUAGUAACCAAAGGAGCACUGGACAGGGAGAGCAGAUCCGAGUACAACAUCACCAUCACGGUUUCAGACAUGGGGACUCCCAAGCUGCAAACGGAGCACAGCAUAAGCGUGCAGGUGUCCGACGUGAACGACAACGCCCCGGCCUUCACGCACACCUCCUACACCCUGCGGGUGCGCGAGAACAACGGCCCCGGCCUGCACAUAGGCAGCGUGAGCGCCACAGACAGGGACGCGGGCACCAACGCCCAGCUCACCUACUCGCUGCUGCCGCCCCCAGAGCCGCACCUGGCCCUCGCCUCGCUCGUGGCCAUCGACGCGGACAGCGGGCAGCUGUUCGCCCUGAGGCCGCUGGACUACGAGGCCCUGCAGGCCUUGGAGUUCCGCGUGGGCGCCGCCGACCGCGGCUCGCCCGCGCUCAGCAGCCAGGCGCUCGUGCGCCUGCUGGUGCUGGACGCCAAUGACAACUCGCCCUUCGUGCUGUACCCGAUGCAGAACGCCUCUGCGCCCUGCACCGAGCUGCUGCCCAGGGCGGCCGAGCCGGGGUACCUGCUCACCAAGGUGGUGGCGGUGGACGGCGACUCGGGCCAGAACGCAUGGCUGUCCUACCAGCUGCUCAAGGCCACGGAGCCCGGGCUCUUCAGCGUGUGGCCGCACAAUGGCGAGGUGCGCACCGCCAGGCUGCUGAGCGAGCGCGACGCGCCCAAGCACAGGCUGCUGGUGCUGGUCAGGGACAAUGGCGAACCGCCGCUGUCUGCCAGCGUCACGCUGCACGUGCUGCUGGUGGAUGGCUUCUCCCAGCCCUACCUGCCGCUGCCGGAAGCGGCGGCCGAGCAGGGGCGGGGCGACGCGCUCACCUUGCACCUGGUGGUGGCCUUGGCGUCGGUGUCGUCGCUCUUCCUCUUGUGUGUGCUGGUGUUCGUGGCGGUGCGGCUGUGCAGGAGGAGCAGGGCGGCCUCUGUGUCUGGCUGUGCGGUGCCCCAGGGCCACUUUCCGGGCCACCUGGUGGACGUCAGCGGUGCGGGGACCCUGUCCCACAGCUACCAGUAUGAGGUGUGUCUGACUGGAGAGUCUCAAAGCAAUGAUUUCAAAUUCUUAAAGCCUAUCUUCCCCAAUAUUCUGAGCUAUGACUCUGUGAGAAAAUCAGAAGAUAAUCCAACUUUCCAGAAUAAUUUAGACCCGGAGCCCUCGCUGCGCCUGCGCACUGCCCGGGCCCAGCCUGGAAGCGGGGCGAACCCGUCCCCUCCUCACUCAGAGCCUGGAUCCUGCUGGCCGCUGGGUCUCCCGGCCCAACCCUGCCGGGCCUACGCGAAGCCCCCCCGCCAGGCCACCGAGGACGUGGCUCCUCCGGGUAGAGGCGGAUGUACCGUGACGUUGCGCGGCGAGAAAAAUGGCGGCCGCCCCAGCGCCGCGGAGGCCUGGAGAAGGCAAUCUACGCAGCACUACGUCACUUUAGGCCAUGGAGCCGCGCAGAUCUGGAAAAACAACACGCAAAAGUGCCCGGCGCUGAUGGCCUUCCUGCCAAUGUCCAGCACGUCCCCGCUGUCCUCCUCUCCAGCCACGCCACCCUUUCUGACCUCUCCCUUUCCCGCCCUGCGAUGCUUAAAAUCCCAGCCUGUGAGAAAAACGUGCUCUCCUCUCUCAGAGCUACUCUGA